CCGACGUCUUCUCCUUUCCAUGCGCUUGCUUUCCCUAUGAAGAACGCAUCUGGCCGACCACCACUCAUGUCCUCACUUCCUUUCAUCAUCCGUUUCCUCCUCUCCUGCCUGCCCCUCCUGCUGCAACUGCGAAGCCCCCGGCUCUGCUCGCUCCGCAGCACCAGCAGGCACCAACCUCCACUCCACCAGCAAACAAGCUGCAAAGCGAGCUCCUUUCUUUCACCAAAUCCCCGAUAAAACAACCACAAGCAACCUCUCUACUCUGAUUUGCUCCAGUGCCCUUCCUCCCGGCAUCAGAUUCGCAGGUCCCAACCCACACAGCAGUGACAGCUCAGGGCGGUUGCCAAGUCAGUCCGGCUUUUUCCUGGUGGUUAACUUUUAUUGCGUCCCUUUUGGUGUUGGUUUACUGCCCAUGCCACCGCCAAUCCAAUCCACAGGUCCGUUUCUUGCCAAGAGCUCUUGGCGGUUCCUGAGUUCUUGUCUGGUGCCAGUUUCAGGUUCCCUUCUCUGCUCUGGGUUUGAUGAGGGAUUGUCCUGGGUGGACAGCUUUGAUUGGAAUUGAAGGAAGUGAGUGAGAUUGUGAGAAGUCUUUGACCAAGGUUGCCAAUGGAGGUUUGGACAUCUUUUUGGAGCUUCUUCAAGUUCCUGCCUUUCUUCUGCGGUCUUCUCCUCCUAGGGAUUAUCAAAGGUGCUUUGUUUGGCCCAUGGGCAUGGCUUGUCAUGACAAUUGGAAUUUCAGUACUCAUUCUGGGCUUGUGGCCUAUGCAUGUGAUUUGGACAUAUUACUGCAUCAUCAGAACCAAGAUGGUAGGACCGGUUGUACAGCUGCUGCUGCUUAUUUCAGUAACUGUGAUUUUAGUUCUAUGGCUAAUAGUCGGCAUCGUGGGAAGCAUCCUUGUUGGUUUGGCUUAUGGCUUUCUAGCACCAGUAAUGGCCACAUUUGAUGCAGUUGGGGAAGGGAAAGAAAAGCCACUUGUUCACUGUUUUGUGGAUGGAACAUGGAGCACUAUCACAGGAAGCUGUACAGUAGUCAGGGACAUGAAAGACAUGCUGUUACACUCAUAUUUUUCAAUCAUGGAUGAAUUUCGUCUUCAUGCACCUCCUUAUGGAAAGCCAUAUGAGAUAAGAUUGCUUCAUAUUCCUGGUGCAGUACUCACUGCUGUUUGUGGACUCGUAGUGGAUGCAGUAAUGUUCACACUUUUAGCCUUGUACAAGUUCCCUGUGAUGCUUUUUAAAGGAUGGAAGCGGUUGAUUGAAGAUCUUGUUGGCAGAGAAGGACCGUUUCUUGAGACAGCUUGUGUGCCGUUCGCUGGUCUUGCUAUCCUUCUCUGGCCAUUUGCAGUUUUAGGAGCUUUUCUAGCCUCCAUCAUCUGCAGUAUUCCUUUUGGUGCAUAUGCUGCUGUUGUGGUUUACCAGGAAUCCUCGCUUUUCUUGGGACUGUCUUAUGUAAUAUCAUCAGUAUCCAUUUUUGAUGAAUAUACAAAUGAUGUACUUGACAUGGCGCCAGGAUCUUGCUUUCCUAGAUUUAAAUAUCGGAAAGAUGAGGCUUCAUCACGCAAUGGUUCACUCUCGAGGCCCACUUCAUUCAAGGACAAGCAUGAUGUGAAGAAAGCUCCACAACGUGUUACAUCAUUUAAAAGUAGCUUUGAUGAGUUCAAUCCAUUUAAGUUGCUAGAUCAGCUAUUCGCAGAGUGUAAGCACCAUGGUAAGGAUCUGGUUGCUGAAGGAGUGAUAACCCCAAAAGAUAUAGAGGGAACAAAGGCAGGCCAAGUCAGCAAUGGGGUACUUAAUGUUGGCUUACCGGCGUAUGUUAUCCUUAAGGUUCUCCUCCAAUCUGCAAAAGCUAAUUCUGAUGGUCUAAUUUUAAGUGGUGGCUCUGAGAUAACAUCUGACAACAGGCCUAAAAGUAAAAUUUUCGAUUGGUUUUUCGACCCUCUAAUGGUCAUCAAAGAGCAAAUCAAAGCUGAGAAUUUUACAGAAGAAGAGGAAGCAUACCUCGAAAAGCAAGUACUCUUGACCGGUGAUCCAAAGCGCCUCAAGGAGAAUCUUCCUCAGCUGCCAUCAUUGAGCGAUCGAAAACAGGCAGAAAUAGAUGCAUUUGCUCGAAGAUUGCAAGGAAUCACGAAGUCGAUAUCAAGGUACCCUACAGCCAAGCGCCGUUUCGACGCCCUUGUGAAGGCGCUUUCGGAAGAGCUCGCGGUGACAAUGGGUGGCAGUCAGUCUGCCAAUGGACCUCAAGUUCGGAAGAUGAGAAGCGGCAUCGUCCGGAUGCUUAGCCAGAGAUCACUAGGGAAGACAACGAGCAUCCGGGGCGAUGACCAAGAGGCCCAGCUGACAAGUGGUGCUUAAACUGCAUGGUACUAUUUUGGAAAAGGAGUGUUCACCUGAAAAGCUAAUGUAUCGUAAUUGCUCGUAAAGAAAAGUUCUCUGUUGCCUUUUCUGGGCUUUUUUUUUUUGCUAACUUUGUACAAAAGGCUAACGCUGACCAUUCUCUUCGAUGUGUUGUUUGUUUUGAGAACUGUUCCUGGACAUGCAAUGCAAAUGCAAGGCUCUGUUUCUUAGGAAGCAAAGUCCCAUCUGUGUCAUUGCUACUU